UAGCUCUGAUGUACUUUGUACGUACAGCUACACGCACGAAUCACUGGCUUAGUUAACAAGCGCACACACAUCUCAUUUUGCCGUUCGCAAGCAAAGGGCCGAUGGGAGAUCUGCAGCGCACGGGCGGCGCGCCGCGGCGAGGCGCCUUGCAGUUCCGUAUACCGCGACGGCCUCGGCCUGUCGUGGCGACGGGCGCGCCGCUGCUGCCGGGAGAGGCGCCAGGAGAUCGCAAGAAGAAGAAGAUGGUGGUGGCGCGGCUCGGCGGCGCGCGGAGGAGCCUCUUCGGGGCGGUCCGGCGGCUGCGGAUGCGGUGGGUGGCGGCGGCGUACCGGCGGGCGCUGCGCCGGCUGAGCGCCUUCUACGCCAGGGCGCUCGAUGACCUGCUGGAGGGCGCGGCGAGCGUCAGCACGAUUCACGCCAAGGCUGGAGCCGACUGCUCCUUCGCCACCGCCUUCGCGCCCGUCGUACCGGUCGGCGGUGCGCAUGGAGCGGCAGGGGAUCGAUGAUCGAGUCGUGUCGUUGCAUGUAUAGUACUCGAUCGUUUUUUACUUGACUGCAUGUGAGGAAUCCAAGUGCUAUAUAUGUUCUGCUUCUCGUUGAAAUUACAUUUCUUUGGUGCCUUGCUCUUC